AUGGUCACAACAAAGCUCUCCUACCAAAACCGCAAGAUCGAAGGCGAAAAACUAGCACAAGUCAUCAAAAAGGACCUCCUCAAGCGACACCGUCCAAGACAACAAACUGCCAAAGAUGCCUCCCUCGACCUCAUCAUGACAGGCAAAUCACUCGGUGCGUAUCUUGAUCUCGUGUGUGAGGGAUUACUCGCCUCCAUCCACAAUGGCGCCGUUCGACUCGGUGAAUUGGAACUCGCAGACAAUGGCGUACCCACAACAAGUCUAUUCAGCUUGGCGCUCGUCGUGCGUGCCUCUGCGCAUGAUUUGCAUCACCUGAACCUUUCGCAUAAUCAGCUGAUUGUUGAAACAGAGCAAGACUUGUGCGCCUGGCGAGCAUUUGUCGCUGCGCUUGCAACGUGUAGUGCACUACAGUCGAUCGAUUUGUCAGACAACCCACUGGGUGACGAGGCAAUUGAGGUAUUGGCGCGGUACUAUUGCAGACAAUCGAAUGCGGAGAUGACUGUUGCUAGUCUUGCGAUUGCGACAUCGCCUAUGAGGACGCAGCAAGUAGACGACAGGCAACAUGAUUCUUCAGACCCCGAAAGACACAGAAGCGUCUCUCAUGCAGGAUCUCACGAGAUAACAAGUUUCCGUGGUGUUCGUGGAUUUGCACGACUCAGACUGGAUCGCACAGAGCAAACAGACGCAGGUGCACUCUUCCUCUCGUUUGUGGUGGAACAUACACCCAUUUCGCAACUCAUCACGUAUGCAGACAACGAGUACUCCAAUGCCGGUUUACGACUUCUUGAAGCAGCAGAAAGUGUUAGACUACUGAGUACCAGUCCAUCGGCAACAACAGAUACAAAUUUUGUGGAUGAUCUGGCGAGUAAGUCACCAAUCAUCGGAUUGCAGGGUGUCAAGCUGAGUGUGCCCAACACACCCAAAAGAUCCCCCGUUCGUCGUCGGUCCUCCAUUGAUAACGAGCCUGUGAGUCCUGCUCGCUGUCUUUCCCAUAAGAUAGACGAUGCAGAACAUGCCGUCGAGGUACUCGAGCGUUUUCGUGUCAAAAUUCAGGGGAGUGUGCUCAAAAGUCACACAGAAGACACUCUACCAGUCAACUUGUGGCGUUCUGCAUUAUAUACGCUUCGAUUGGCAAGACUAUUGAUGCACGGUCGUUCAAGCACCGGCAACGCUGCUCGCCUUCGAUUGGGUAUACAUCUUUGGCAGCGGAUCUUGCUACCCCUGACAGACCCAUGUGCUGCAUUAUCUCAUGAGCAGCGGCGGAAGGUGUUUGAGUAUGCGACGAGCGAGCAAGCUAUGAGUGCAUGUUACAAUGUGAAUGAAAAGCUACCGCACGUCAAAGUCUGGCACACGCUUGAAAUGCUUGACUGCUUGGCCUAUGAGUAUGCUGCUUAA